CUGCUGAUUGAGGAGGCUGCCUUGUACUAGAUGAUGUCGAUCCUUGAUCGUUUGGAGCUACACUCAUCCAGGCACAUGGAAAGUUCGGAGGAACAUGGGCCAAACGCUGACAGAUGGACUGGGUCAGAUUGGGCCGAGGUGGACCGAAGGGCCUGUUACCGUGCUGUACGGCUGAGUCCUGGCUCGCUCCUUGUAGAAGGUGGACAGGCUUUGGGGAAGCAAGAACCAUUUAUUGGGUCGAUUGGUAUAUGGAAUGUUAUUUAUCGUAUCUCCACAAUUCUGAGAGAAAUACUGUUUCCAACAAGAUGGGUUUCUGGGUGCCAUACUACAUAGUUUUGUUUCCACUCUUACAACUUUCCACCAAAUUGAUGGCCCAAAGAAACAAGGAAGUAAUUGAAAUCAUGGAAUCUGCACCUUUAAUUGAUGGCCACAAUGAUUUAGCACUACAACUGAGAAGACACUUUAACAACAACCUGACUGCAGUUGACUUGAAAACUUUGAACAAGACAUAUACAAAUAUUAACAAACUAAAAGAAGGAAAUGUAGGAGCCCAGCUGUGGUCUGCAUUUGUACUGUGUUCGGCCCAGUACAAAGAUGCUGUCCGCCUGACCCUGGAACAGAUAGAUGUCAUCAAACGGAUGUGCAGGAAAUAUCCAGACUUUGAGUUGGUUACAACUUCAGAAGGCAUUAAUAACACUAAAAAAAUAGCUUGUUUAAUCAGCAUUGAAGGAGGACACUCCAUUGACAGUAGUCUGGCAGCCUUAAGGAUGUUUUACGAACUUGGAGUGCGCUCUAUGUCCUUGACACACAACUGCCACACACCAUGGGCAGAGAGUGCAGUAGAGAUAUAUAGCAGGAAGCCUCGCAGAAAUGCCAGCUUAUCUAAAUUUGGUCAGGAGGUUGUGAAGGAGAUGAAUCGGUUGGGAAUGAUAAUAGAUCUGUCACACACUUCCAGUGACACAGCGGAAAUGGUCCUUAAAAUCUCCAUGGCACCAGUUAUCUUCAGCCACUCGUCUGCUUAUGCUAUUUGCCAACAUCACAGGAAUGUUCCAGAUGAACUUCUCAAGAUGAUUAAAAAGAACAAAGGCUUAGUAAUGGUGAACUUCUACUCUGGUUUUGUGGCCUGUCAGAAGCAUUCCAAUAUUUCUACAGUGGCAGAUCAUUUUGACCACAUCAAGAAGAUUGCUGGAUACGAGUCAGUUGGAAUUGGUGGAGACUAUGAUGGGGUCACUGGGUUCCCGCAGGGUCUAGAAGAUGUGUCCAAAUAUCCUGCCCUCAUUGAGGAAUUAUUGAGACGCAAGUGGACACAAACUGAAUUAAAAGCUGUUCUUCGAUACAACUUUCUGCGGGUUUUCCGCAGAGUAGAAAAGGUGAAGGAGGAACUGGAGAACAAUUCACCCAGUGAAAUGGAGAUCCCCUUUGAGGAAGUUAACAAUGCCUGUCGCCUGAAUCUCAAGAAACCCUUUCCAAAUUUAGGACUUUCGCUAAGUGAAACAAUGCCGUCUGCUUUUAACAUUAUGUAUACAGUUACACUCUAUAUCGUAUCCAUUAUUUUGAUCGGUUAGUGAAUACAGUUCAAGGUCAUUAAGCAGCCAGAUGGAGUCCAAGCAAUUAUGGAGCUGGGGCUAAAAACUUGUAAUAACCUUGUUAUUUGGCAGUGUGAAUAACAGGUGGAGAUAAAUCAACUUAACAAUCCUUAAUAAAGGAUGACUGGAAUUUAUUCAUCUCUGAUUUACAGAAUGAGAUGCAAAGUUUGAAAAUAACUGAGAACAAUUACUUUUGGUAAUAUAUACAGCUUGUCUGUACAUUGCUUCGCUGAUCAAGCAAGACAUCAUCAUAAAAAAAAAUGAAAAAAGUUCUUUAAGAAGAAAAGAUACCAUUAUAGAUAUCCUAACAAACUGUGACCAAUGUAAAACCUUAAAUACCUCCACUAAGCAUUUAACAUUAAGAAGAAAAAUCUCUUGACAAGAAUUGGUUCUGAAGUUAAUGGUUGUGCUUUACUCUUGGUAUUUCUUUACCUUGCUUUCCCUCUUUAAAAUACUCCUUAAAUCUCACCUUUUUGCCCACACUUUAGGUCAUCUGAAAUAACAUAUCCUCAUAUGACUAGGUGUUGUUUUUGUUUUGUUAUUUCUUAUGACUAACUAAGUGCCUUUUGGACAUUUUAUUAACUGAAGAUUCCAAGAAAACAGUAUGAAUGUGCAAUUCUUUCAUAGUAUUUUUGUCUCUAUUCCAUCUCAUUAUUCUCAUGCAUUAGUCUGAUACUACAAAACAAACUGCAAAGGUUUUAAACAAUCACAGCUAUUGUGCCAAAACAAUCAACACUUCAGUUCUUAUUUUUAAAAAACCUCCCCUUUUCCAGUAUUUUUUGUAACCCUGCCUGUAGAGGGUCUCUUUCCUUUACUCCGCACUCAGGCCGGUGUCUGGGGUUCCCAGAUUACUGUGGUGAUCUCUCUCCAGCAAGUUCUGAAACUUGAAAGACCCGGAAUGCCGCACUAGGGCAACUCUGCUGGAGUGCUGAACCGAACUCACUGCUUAUAGUCUGACCAGCAAGUUGGAACUUAUCUCCACACAGUAAUUGCGACCGCUACCAAUGCCUGGGCGAUUCCCCCUCUUGUUGGUGGGACAACGGCCACCUGGUACCUACCCACUUGGGCUGGACCCCCAAGAGAAAGAAAAAGAUGAAUCAAACUGCUUAUCCUGGCCAGCAAUCCCCUUGAGUGGGCAGUCCGAAUCGCCCGGAUCACCCUCUGGUCCUUGACACUGGAAUUAUAGUCUGGGAUCUGCUGUGAACUCAGCCAAAAUUGGUGUACCCAGAAGGAGCACAGACGGACUGAAAUAAGUUCAAAAUUACCAGUGAACUUUAUUACAGGAAAACUCAAUUAGCCCAAUCUGCACAAUACAUCAAUAAAACUUAUAUUUUGUAUCAUAGUGUUGAGUAUAAGAAAACUGAAGCGGACACAACGUAAAUCUUUAACCUUACACAAUUUACAGGGUACUUAUACUUUAAGAAUCACACAAAACCCUCCCCCCAAUGCCUAACCAACUACGUCAGAGUACGAGUGUCUCAGGCCUGAAAAGGGUUCUUACUGUCUCAGAGGGACUUGUUGCAGGUCCGGUGGAGCUCCCUCUCUGCCUCGGCUGUUGUUGAGGACUUCCAAAGUUUGAGGUUGCAGGCAGGGUUGAUGUCUUCAGCCCCAAGGGGUUGGUGUCCAGAGGAGCAGUGAGCUCAGGACGAGGAGAGUGGAAAAGAAGAAGAGCUCCCAAUAGCUGGCCCUGCUGCCCCUUUUACCCUUGCGAUUUCAAAGGACCGGCUGGCUCUCCUCCCCGCACCCCCCCGGGGAAUUCAAUUUCACAAACAUCUCUGGUAAUUGCUGGGGCCGGUUUAAUCACAUCAUUCGUGGAAACCGAACGGUCGAUACCAUCCAAAUUCACAACUGAAAUUUUGAUGACUUCAUGUAGCCUCCCAAACUGUUUUCAGAUUAGUGUAAAUCGUUAUCCCAUUAACUAGAUAGGCUCCAUUGUUCAGUUUCGGGUUCAUUACCAUUUCUAUGCCUGUCCCUUGAUACGAUGUCAGGUGGGCGCCGGUUUUGUUGAUUGAGUUGUCUCAUACCUCUGAAGAUCUGUCACCAGAAGCCUGCACAGAUGCCAGGUUGACCAGUUCUUUACAAAAAGCCAUUUUCUUUCAGUCUUUCCCCUUAAAACUGAUGAUUGCCCUGAAACUGCUACACGUCCAUGUACCAAUUCAUAAAGGAAAACAUGUACAUGACCGAGUUCAAGCCCUCUGACAAGUCUGCUGGAGGUUACGAAAGGCAGAAAAUCAAGUUAUAGAAAAGCAAGUGUCUCUUAUAUUGCGCAUGAUUAAUAUUGCCCUGAAUAAGAACACUAUUCAGCCAGCUUCAAGCCUUAGCAACCACAUCCUGUAGUGUUAAUAAAUCUCAAAGAAGUCACCAGUUUUAGUUGUAAACAUACAAUAUUGCUGCGUAGAGUACCUACAAUAAUGUCUCUUGGUGUGCAAAGAACAAGGGGAUUUGGUAUUAAGUAGUUGCAUCGCUGAUUGCUUUAGACAUUCUUUCCAUGUACAGAAGUCAUAUUGCCACAGACAGCCAUUGUGUUCUUUAGGAACAGAAACAUGACCAUCUGCUCAAUUUUAUAUAUAAGCCAAACACUUAUUGUUAAACCUUUGAGAUAUACACCUCAAAUAGUACAGUAUUCCAUCCACUCAUAUUUUCAUUCAUGGCCAAAUAAUUCUCUAUAGAUUAUAGAAAGAAAUUGGACCAUAUUGUAAGUUUUUAAUGAAUGUAAAAUGGGUGCACUGAGGUACAUUUCUAAGAUGGAAGAUUCUGUAUCUUAAGGAUGUCUGACAUAUAGCCAACCUGAACUUCCAUGACGACCACUUGAAAUGUCUUCAAACCUUUUGAGAUCCACGAGUGAGCUGUACCACUUUUUGGAGAUAUCUGGGAAAUCGGCUUGCCCUGAGCAGAGCAGACAUCAGGUUUGGUCCACUCAGGUCCUCCAGACCUAACCAUGCUCUACCUAUACAAUAAUGAUCUUUCAGGGUCAAGACAUGUUAGACCAUGACAUUCAUGAGUCAUGCACAUCCUUAAUGACGAGAUUGUUUAAAACUUCCAUCCAUUUUCUUGACGAAGCAGAGAUGUAAGGUAGAUAAUCAGAGUACUGUUGUCCAGUUUCUACAACUGGUGACAGUUGAAAGUUAGAUAACAUGGUGCGAAGCUGGAUGAACACAGCAGGCCAAGCAGCAUCAGAGGAGCAGGAAAGCUGAUGUUUUGGGUCGAGACCCUUCUUCAGUUGGAAGUUAUAUUGUUUUCUCAAAAUACAUUCAUUUAUAAAGUUUGUAAAAGCUCAUUACAAACCAUUUUCACUUGAACAAUUAACAAAAUUCAACAUGUCCACAUCUACCAUAUUUUAGGCAGUUGUAAUAGUCUUAAUAUUUAUAAUAUAUAUUCUAUCAGACAUACAGCCUGAAGGCAAAACAUUUCAGAUUUAAAUUUUAGAAAAUUGCAUGGCAAAAAUUCUUUACAGGCUAUGGCAUCCACAAUACAAUAUCAAUAUACUUGAAAGCACAAUUAAUAUUCCUUGUCAAGUUUACAACCUGAAAAGUGUGUGUCUGUGUGUAUGAGAGAGUGUAUGUGUGAUUAUGAGAGUGAGAAUGUGCGUGAACAAGUGUGCAUGAGUGUGUGAUUGAGAACGUGAGCGAGUGUGUACAUGAGUGUGAUUGAUAAUGUGUGAGCGAGUGUCUGUGAUCGAGUAUGUGAUUGAGAAUGUGUGAGUGAGUGUAUGCAUGUGCAUGUGUGUGAGAGAUUGUGUGCGCGCGAGCAAGACUGUGUGUCUGUGCAUGCGUGCCUCUGAGAGAGUGUGCAAUAAGUAAUUCAAAAUUAAUUAAGGUAGAGAGAUCGUAACAAUUUAACAAGGUGAUGGUGACAAAACAGGACGGUCAGGAAGAUUUUACAGAUGCGGAACUGUGCAGUGGGUCACCUGAAGUGUGGCAUGAACCCAGGUCACAGUUGAGGCCAUCGUCACAGGUUCAACUUCAAAUUGGCUGCCAGUCUCGGCUUAGCGAUUCUGUGUUUUGGUGUAUCUUGAAGUCUGUUUUGGAGGGCGUUUAUCUGAAGGUCGGAGGCUGAUUGCCCUUGACCACUGAAGUGUUUCCCUGACUGGGAGGGAAUGUUCCUGUCUAGCAACUGUUGCACCGCAUCUAUUCAUCCGUUGUCAUUGUGUCUGCAUGGUCUCUCCAAUACACACACACACACACUUUCACGCAUGCACUCACUCACUCUAUCUCCCGUACACAUGCAUGCACACGCAUACAUUCUCUCUCUCCCCAUAUACACUACGGGGUGAAUCGUUUCAUUGAAGGUGUUUGUUUAUUUGUAGAUACUUUCUAUUUUGUUCAAAA